ACAAAAAAGUUCGCGCCGGUUUGCUGCCUGUUCGUCGCUCACGAUUUCGUUUAAAAUUCGUUUGUUAAAUUCUACGUGAAGCUUGUUCCGACUACAAGAGCUUUAAGUUUAAGUGAAUGGACCAAAAUGUCCGACAGUAAUGUCUUCGUGCUAGACAACGGUGCCUAUUUUGCCAAAGCCGGAUACUCCGACUGGAACGAACCCAAGAUCAUACCAAACUGUAUCACCAAAGCAAAAUCGGAGCGACGGCGUCCUUUUAUUGGCGACCAGAUCAACGAAUGUCGGGAUGUGUCUGGUUUGUUCUACAUACUGUGCUUCCAGCGCGGGUAUCUUACUAAUUGGGACAUACAGAAAACGGUCUGGGAUUACAUGUUUAGUGCGGACUGCUGCUCGGUGAAUUUUGCAGAAGUUCCCCUGCUGAUAACGGAACCGUUAUUUAACUUUCAAUCUAUUCAAGAGGCGAUGCUUGAAAUACUUUACGAAGAAUACGAAUGCGAUGCGGUUUGCAAAACGAAUUCCGUGGACCUUGCUGCGUUUAACUAUACACAUGGGGACAGCCAAACAAAACCGCUAUGCUGUGUGGUCGUAGAUAUGGGAUACAGCUUCACACACAUCGUUCCCUACAUAAAGGGGACGAAAGUUAAGGAUGCCAUCCGGAGGAUAGAUGUUGGAGGGAAGCUGCUAACCAAUCAUUUAAAGGAAAUUAUUUCCUAUCGACAACUGAAUGUAAUGGACGAGUCCUACGUUAUAAAUCAGGUCAAAGAAGACAGCUGUUUCGUAUCGCAAAACUUCAAUGAAGAUAUGCGGAUUGCUAGGAAAAAGUUUCCUGAAAACUCCAUCAUCAGGGAGUACGUUCUUCCAGACUACACUCAAAUCCGUCGGGGGUAUCUUAAAACUUUGGAUGACAAGAACACCGAAAACGAUGAACUACAAACGUUGCGAUUGAAUAAUGAACGAUUUGUCAUUCCCGAGGUGCUGUUCCAUCCUUCGGAUAUCGGAAUCCAGCAGAUGGGAGUGGCCGAAGCAAUCGUCGAUGCCAUCCAGGCGUGUCCAGAGGAAACAAAACCGCACCUUUUUCAGAACAUUGUCGUGUGCGGUGGCAGCUCGUUAUUCAGUGGGAUGCAGCCGCGAAUACAGAAAGAAGUCCGGGCCCUAGCACCGGACGAAUUCGCCGUUCGUGUCACCGUUCCAAAAGAUCCCGUAUCCUACUCAUGGCGAGGUGGAAAAGAGUAUUCCCAAUCGUUGAGUUUUCUCAAAUCCUGCAUGAGUCGCGCUCAGUACGAAGAAGGCGGAAUUAAACAUCUGAUAGAAAAGUACGAAUCCUGAUCUAAGUGAAGAGUACUGCUGAGUAACAUAAAUUGUAAAUAGCAUCUAUUUAAAAUGGGCAUUCGGUAGCUGGAUGAUUCUACGAAGACAGUUACGCGAUGAAAUGAUUCCAUAAAUAUUCCCUCGACUGUGAGAAACGGAGUAGUUUUUGUAUGAAAAUAUGAGAAAUCCUUGCUAAGUUGCGAAUAUCGAUCGAGAUUGGUAUUACAAUUACACUUUUGCUUCGAAAGUGAUUGAUUUUUUUCUUUAAACAUAACAUGGCAAACAUGUAACCGGGGAGAUCAUGACCUAGUAUUGUUGGCGCCUUCUGGCGGCACGCUGCUUAUCGAAACGCAUCUCCAUUUCCUCCAGCACCUUGGGAGUGUAUCGGACGACCAGCUUGACCGAUCCCACGGCUUGCUUGAGCAGCUCAACGGCCUUCUCGUGGUUCUCGCCCUCGACUGAGACUCCAUUGACCGAAAGCAGCUGAUCGCCCCGCUUCAGACCACCGUGGCGAUCGGCCACGCCACCGGGGAUGAUACGGGAAAUGUAGAUGGGUGAGUUCUGCUCCUUGCCACCCAUAACGUUGAAUC